AUGCUGGACGAGAACGGCUCCUCCUACCAGGGCGCCCAUGCCGAGCAUGCCGAGUGGCUCGGCCACUGGGUCCAGACGCGGUUCGAUGAGGAGGUUUUCGAUCGGCUCCUGACCGCGCAGGGCGUGCCGUUCCCGCUGCGCCACCUCAUGAAAACGUUCGUCGGCGAGCGGGUCGUCUCUGUCGAUGAAGACGGCAAUGUUGUGGUCAUGAGCAAGAAGAUCGGCUUCGAUCUGAUCAAGAAGAUGUGGUCCAAGCUUAUCGUCGGGGGCGAGCCGAGCAAGAUGGAGGUGCUCGGCUACUGCGUCGAGGCGUCAGUGGCAUGGGAGGAGGGAGGCGCGAUGCUGGUGAUAUCCACUGUGACCUCGAGCAAAGGUGGGCUCUUCGGCAGUGCUUGGUCGGUGACGACGCGCGCAGAGCACCACCUCGUUGACGGCGAGCUCGUGUGUUCCGCCGACAGCGGCGACGGGGCGUACCGCGCCUGGUUCACCAGGCAACCUGAGCCGCAUCGCGCCUUUGGCUGA